AGGUAAGUUAAACAUCGACAUGUGAUAAUCAAGUUCUGCUGAACAUGGCAAUGUGAAAUGGGGGUAUCUUAUUGUGGUAUCACUUGAUAAUGGAAAUUGAGGGUCAAGAAAUUGCAGAUAAAAGUAAGUUUUCCAAGAGGUCCUCAUUCAAGAAGUCAAAGCAUAAGACUAUUGAACCUAUUCCUGUUGUUAAAGAAAAUGAAAGUAACGGGGAAGCUGAAAUUGUUGCUUCCAAGAAAGAACUGUCUUCUAUAUAUUCAUACAGGAAUGAGGAAAACCUUCUCAUCAAACACCGACCAGGCAAGAGGUCUGUAACAUUCAGCAGUGACCCAGUAAGGAUUGAAUAUGCAGCACCUAGGACAUUUACCCGUCACUACAUUAAGUCUAACCACAAAAAGAAGAAAGAUACUAUCCAUAGUGAAGGACUGAUCAUGCUUAUGAAUAACCCAGAAGUCUUACAACGCCUUGAUCAGGAUGCUGCAAAACCUGCUAAACCAGCUGACCAAUCAACUCCUGAUUCAGAUCUAAGCCUCAAGCCUAACUUGAAUGAUCAAAUAAAGAUAAGCUUCUUUAAACCUCCUAUUGCUGGUAGUUACGUUCCCUUAUCCUCAAUUAAAGAUGGUAGUGAUGGUGAAAGCAAUUCUAGUGAAGAGAGUAGUGAGGAAAAUGUUUAUGUUGUGGGUCAGUCAGAGCAUGACGAGGAAUGUUUGAACAUUCUUAGCAAUGGUCUUGACGACGAUGAUGAAGAAGAUGAUAGCUUCUUUAGUAAAUCAAAUCCAUUAAAAGAGACAAACAUUGAUGAUGUUAUUUUCAGUGCAAAAAUGACAGAGGUCAUUGAAAAAUCCUCUCCCAGAAAAUUCAAAGAAACAAGUCUGAUUGAGCUUCCUGCUCCCCCGCCUCCUGCUCCCCUGCCUCUGGAACUUGCACCUGAACAUGAUCCUUCACUUGAUCAUGUACCACCUACUGCUGAAGAAUCAGAGGAAUCAGAGGAAUCGUCCAUGGGAUCUGUUGACAGUGGCAUACACGAAACUGGAACAGAUCAUGAUAGCCCUGCAGAGGAACGCUUGCCAACAGUUUCUACUAAACCAAUACCACCGCCAAAACCAUCCACCUCUGCAGGUGAACUGCCCAAAAACAGUGUUGAAAAGUCUUCGCCUGAUGAAAUGUCUGCUUCAACCAAGCCAACCAUUGCACUCAAGCCUAAACCACAAGUCACCCUACGGCACCAAUUGACAACUAAGGAACAAGUUGUCACCAAACCCCAAGUUGUUGCUAAACCUCAGGUUGUUGCCCCUAAACCACAGGUUGUUGCUAAACCGCAGGUUGGUGCAGCUAAACCCCAAGUUGUUGCUAAACCGCAGGUUGUUGCUAAACCACAGGUUGUUGCUAAACCGCAGGUUGGUGCAGCUAAACCACAGGUUGUUGCUAAACCGCAGGUUGUUGCUAAACCACAACUUCAUGUUCCUGCUCAGCCAAGGUGGCAGCGCCCAAUUCCUACCCUGUCCAAACCAUUGCAGCAAGUGUCACCUCAACCUAUACAAGUAGAACAGGAAGAAGAAACUGAUUCAGGAAGUGAAGAAUCUGAAACUAGCAGUAUUAGCAGUGAUGAUAGACCACCCUCACCUGAUGGGCACGAAAUGACCUACCUCCAGUACGAUGAAGAGCCUAUGCUACCCAAAUACAAAAAAGAUAUCCAAAUUGAGAAAAUAGAGGAAGCUCUAAAAAUCGGUCAACCUCCUAAUUCUGAUAACAAUUCCCCUGUUCAAAACAGUGGACCCACACCUCCUAGUGAUUUGCAGAUGAGAGAUGAGUUUGCUCCUAUAUUGAGACCAAAGGCCCCAACACCAGAAAUUCCCAGAACGUCUCUCGAAAAUUUCUUUGGUCCCAAUUCAGAUGGCUCUGUCAGGGAUAGCAGACGUGACAGCAAACGAGAUAGUCAACUAUUAGAAAGACAUGAAAUGGAACAAAAACAACUGAGGGAACUACAGAAGCUAAAGCAAAUAGAAGAGCAACAACUGAAAGACCUUAAGAUGCAGCAAGAGAUAGAAAAACAGAAACUUGUAGCUAUUCAGGCUCAACAACACAUCCAAAGGCAGAUGGAUAUAAAGAGACAGCAAGAAUUGCAACUACAGAUUGAAAGAGAACAACUCCAAGAGUUGCAAAGGCACAGGGAAUUACAGCAGAUCCAAGAAAUGCAAAGGUUGGAACUCAUCAAAAUUCAAGAAGAAGAAAGGAGGCGCGAAGUUGAAGCCCAACGUGAAUACCAACGCCAGGUGGAAGAACAGAAACAAAUGGACACAAAACUUAAUUUGGACAGGGAGAGGGUCGAACAAGAUCGCCAAGCUGAAUUAGAAAGACAUAGAACAGAUGAAUUAGAAAAACAGAAACAACUAGACCUCAUCAAACAAAUUGAAGCUGAAAAACAGAGACAGUUUGAGAAAGACAGGCAAUGGCAAUUAGAAGCUGAAAACUCGAAAUAUGCGCAUCAAGCACAGCAAAGUGCACAGCUAAAUGCUGAUUUCGAGGACAUAGACAGCCUGUUGGAGGGUCUAAUGGAGCUAGAUCCUAUCAUCAGUCAACAGAAACACAAUCAGCAGCAACGACUUCAGCAAUUUGAGGCGGAGUUAAUUAGAAGUCGACAGCGUGAGGAAAAAAAUAAGAGGGUAAGAGAGGAGGAGGAAGCGCGUGGACUGCAAAAAGAAAAAGAGCGCAUUGAGAACUCUAAACUGGAAAAUCAGCGCAUAUCUGCAGAAGAUGCAGAGAAGAAGAAACUAUCUGAUCUGGAGGCCCUCAGAGAGCGCAAGAGGAAAAUGAGAGAAAUGUCAUUGGACGAAGUGUUAAAGUUGCAAAAGGAGAAGAAGAAAGGUUCUCCCACCCCUUCAAUCCGAUCUGAGAGUAUUUCCUACGCUAGCUUGAAAAGGAACUCUAAUGAAUCACUUCACAGUGUUUCUGCUAGUUUAGAUAGAGCUAGUACAGGGCCGCGUAACCAAGGUAACCAGAUGAUAGCACCAAUAUCCCUGCUACAUGAGAUAAUAAACCCCUACACUCAAACUGUACAGGAAGAACCUGCAGAAUCAUCUCGUUCACUACCGGUUAUAGUAGACAACCUGUUGGUGACCUCACCUGAUCUACCACCCAGAACCGAUCUAGGGAACAGCAAACCAUCCUCCUCUCCUAACACAACUUUAAACAGGACAGACACUCCACUCCAUCUAGCUGAUAUAAAGACAAAGUUAGAGCCUUGCAGCGCUACUCCUAGACCCCCAAUUGAUAACGCUUCCCCCAACUCGCUAGUAGACCCUUAUAUAGUUACUGCUAAGAUAGAAUCUUACCCUGGCUCACAGCAUGUAACUCCUGCAUGGUCUCCCAAUACAGUUAAGGCGAAGCAGCAGGAGCAAUGGUUGGAUAUAGACGAUCUGUUAGCAGACGUACAGUCUAUGAUAACGGACAACAGGUCGGGACAGCCUGCCAGUACCUCCACGUAUAGUCCUCCUCUCUCGUUCUAUCAACACCUCUACCUCUAGUUACAAUGAAGUGUUCGACGCUCCUCUCCCCACUGCCCCCUAAAGUCCCAAGCAGACCCAACUCUCCCAACUCCGUCCAACAACCUCCCUCUCCCUGCUAGAACAUUCUCAGCCCUCCUCUCAGCCCACGCGUUGCUUCACCAGCAGCUCUAAACACACCACCACGCUCCCCUCAAAUACCCACCAGGUCCAACUUAUCGGACUCCGAAGGAGUAACCCUUCCUCUGAGACGGAGGUUAUUCCGCGCUCUAACUCAGAUGGAGCUCAGUUCAAGAUAUCAGCUUUUCCAGAACUUCCAACCAACACCAAACCCUCACGAGCAAGCCAUUAGAAGGAGGAGCAGUAUUGAAGAUCUUAACCGCAGGACAGAGCAACUCUCUCUACAGAGAAACCAGUCGUAUACCAGCUCCUUCAGAUCAAGACAAGGAGACGUGUAUCCUUUAGCCCCCCAGCCUAAAGAACCAACAUUAACGACUAACGUGACUGUACCAUUCUACCAGCCUCAAAAGAUGUACCAGCGCGCCCCACCAUCUACCUUACCAUCUACUCUACCCUCUACCCUACCGCCACCCCCGCAAGGGUAUGGGUACCCCAGCCCACCUUCUCAGUACGCUACACAUCAGUACGGCACCAUGCCUGGAGGUGCCGGACAUCAGUACGACACCAUGCCCGGCUACUCCAGCCCACCCCUCAACCAAGUGUACCCGGUUAACUCUGCCCCGCCGCCCUUACCUCGGCGACACAACUCUGAUAAAGUAGCCAAACACCACACCGUGGUGUAAAGGUCCUGUUUUGUGCUGUUUAUACAGCACUUAUCUUCGUGGGCAAUCAAACUUUUGAGUUUUCGUGCUUUUCACCAAAUAAUCGAAAUAAUAAGAAUUUUAAUAUGAAAUUUGAGAGCAUAUAAAUGAGGAAGAAGUAGAGUAUUAGGGAAUUUGCAGUUUUCUUGUAUCAAGUGGUUGUUUGAAAAUUCACGGUUAUUUGGUGGGUGCACUAUAAUAAAAUUCUCGAGAAUAGGAUGUUAAACACUGUAAAGUGUAGAUCGAUAAAAGGCGAGAUGUUGCAUAAUCUAUGUAUACUUAAACGAAUUCUAUUGAAUAUCUUAUAUUUUGCUCUAUAAAUUAAAAUUUACAAGCGCUAUUUUUCAGCUGUUUUAAGGAAAGUUGCAGUUUGAACUAAUGUUGUAAAUAAGUUUGAAGAAGGUGGAAUUUUAUAAUAGGAUUUGAAAUGCACUUCAUACCGUCUGUUCUGAUGAGUUCCAUUCACUGCACCAUAUACCCCCUACACUAUAUACCCCCUACACUAUAUAGUAUAUACCCCCCUACACUAUAUACCCCCUACACUAUAUACCCCUACACUAUAUAGUAUAUACCCCCCUACACUAUAUAGUAUAUACCCCUACACUAUAUACCCCCUACACUAUAUACCCCCUACACUAUAUACCCCCUACACUAUAUACCCCCUACACUAUAUAGUAUAUACCCCCUACACUAUAUACCCCCCUACACUAUAUAGUAUAUACCCCCUACACUAUAUACCCCCCUACACUAUAUAGUAUAUACCCCCUACACUAUAUACCCCCCUACACUAUAUAGUAUAUACCCCCUACACUAUAUAGUAUAUACCCCCUACACUAUAUACCCCCUACAUUAUAUAGUAUAUACCCACCUACACUAUAUACCCACCUACACUAUAUACCCUCUCAAUGCGACCCAUCCUUCUCACACGGUUAAUCUGAAAAAUCCUGUGUAAAAUAUUUUAGCUAUAAUAACGUUGGCUCAUUUAAUUGAGUCAUACCGUAUUUAAUUAAAAUUGCGAUCGUGAUUGUAAGUCGGAGCUCAGUCAUUUUAAAUCUACUACUGUUUAAGAAUUGAAAUAUUAUUAAAUCAGAUGGGUUGAAAAUAUAUUCUUUUAUGAGGGUUUAACUUUGAGCGUGCUGAAUUCCUUUAAUCAAGAUUCUUGUAUAAUUUUAGUAUUUUAAAGAAUGUAAAAAUAAA